CGACGGCAUCAGUCACUAACGCCGUUAGCGAAAGAACUGCAUCCUUGCGAUGGCGCUCGCCAAGGCCGCAUCGGGCGACAACGACCGCAUCAUGGCGCGCAGCCCAUCAGAGGAAUGCGACGACGAGUACGACGCGCUGGAGUCACCGUCCAGCCACAAUUUGCAUGACGAUCUGAGCUUGCGCUUACCUUGCGCGCCGACGGUGCGCGUCGUUGGCGUCGAGCGCGUGAAAGCUCUCCUGUACACGUACAACAUGUUUGUGAUUGAGCUGUCGUUACCGGGCCACCAAACGUGGCGGAUCCGCACGACGACACCGCGGUUGUUUCAGUUGCACUUUUUCCUCCAGAAAGCUCUCCACUUCCGUCAUGUGUUUCAGUUCCCAUCGUCGUUGCUGGCCCACCACACGCCGGUGGAAGUGGGACCGGACACAGUCGCCAACAUUGAGACAUUCUUGACCGAUGUGUUCUCGCACAAGGCGGUGUGGCGCCACCCUCGCGUGCUGGCAUUUGUCGAGUACAGCGCGCUUCGGUUCGACCCGCUCCUUGGAGACAGUCUCGUGGAAGGAUGGGUCAAGAUGCGGUAUGUGCCAUCACGGAAAGGCACGUUGCAUGGCCGCCACAGCUUCAUCGGGUUCCACUUCACCAAGGACAACCUGUUGCGCAUCGCCGAGAUUGCAGUCGCCGUCUCGCUCUGCGUGAUCAUUCCUGUUGGCGUGUUCAACAUCUUUGUCGCGGCGAGCUCGUCCGACACGGUGUCGGAGCUCCAGACAGGUUACAUUGUCGCCGCGUCCAUCUUGAGCGCGAUUCCAGGACUCUACUUUGUCGCCAUCAUGUAUCAAUACUUGCUUCGUCACCGGCGAUGGAUGGUGGUCAAGCCGACGUGCAUUGCGUUCUUCGAGACGGUGCGGUCCACGGCGCCAACGCACGUCAUUCUGUUCCAGCCGCACACCGCCAUCAGCAAAAGCACGCUGCUAAAGCACGGCCUCCACUGGAUGAUGGAUGGGCUGCACGUGACGACGCCAGCAGCAAUUGUCGAGAUUGACUUUAAAUUUAUGGGUCAGUGUCAGUACUUUCACGACGCUCUCAAGCAAGCCAUGGACGAGUGCAUGUACAACUCGCUCCACAAACACAACUCGUUUGCCCCCAUGCGUCCGGCUGUGGACGCCCACUCGACCAACGUCGCGCAGCAUCUCGUGGACGGCGAAGAAGCGUUCGCGACCAUGUUUUGCCACCUCCGCCGCGCGAUGCGGCAGAUUUUUAUCACUGGCUGGUGGAUCUCGCCACACUAUUCGCUCGUUCGGACGUCGGCCCAAGAUCGUCUCGAGUCGGAACUCAGCACCGUCCUGCGCGAGGCCGCGGCCCGAGGCGUGAAAGUGUACGUGCUCGUGUACAGGGAGCACCACAUGGUCUUGCCCAACGACAGCAAGUUCGCCAAGUCGUCGCUCGUCGGCCCCAAUAUCUACGUGCUGCGCCACCCGGAUUUUGUCUUGAUUCCGCAAUUCUGGUCCCACCACGAGAAAAUCGUGUGCAUUGAUCAAACGAUUGCGUUUGUCGGUGGCUUGGACAUUGCGCUUGGCCGAUUCGACUCGCCGAACCAUGCGCUGACCGACGUUGGUGCGACGACGUGGACGGGCCAAGAUUACUCGAACCCGCGGCUGAAAGACUUUGUCGACGUCCAGCACGUCCACCACGAAUUGAUUGACCGGGAAUCGGUGCCGCGCAUGCCGUGGCAUGACGUCCAUUGCAGGCUGGAAGGGCCCAUCGCGCUGGACAUUGCGCGCCAUUUCAUCCAUCGGUGGAACUUCACGGUACAAAAGAAAUACACGGUGAUUGCGAGCCGGACGCGCAGCUGCCACCGGCGGUCCCGAAUCCCCGCCAUCGUGCCGUACACGAGUCAGCCGCAUGUCGACGAGUCUCCAACGGUUGGGGAAAAGGUCCACUGCCAGGUUGUCCGGAGUUUGUGCCCGUGGUCUGGCGGUGUCAAAACGGAAAAGAGCAUCCAACAGGCCUACAUUGACACGAUCGGUGCCGCCAAACACUUUAUUUACAUUGAGAAUCAAUUCUUUGUCUCUGGCUUUGACCAAGACGUGGCAGUGUCGAACCGUGUCGUCGAGGCGCUGUACGACCGCAUUGCCGACGCCCACGCCAAGCGCGAAACGUUCCGAGUCAUGUUUAUCAUGCCGCUCCUGCCAUGCUUUGAAGGCGCCGUGACGUCGGCCGACUCUGCGAAUUUGCGCGCCGUCAUGCAUUGGCAGUACACCACGAUAUGCCGCGGCGGCCACUCGCUUCUCGAGCGACUCGCCAAGAUCAUGCCCGACCCGAGUCAUUAUGUGGCGUUUUUUGGGCUCCGUCAACACGCCCUCUUGAAUGGCCACGUUGUCACGGAGCAAAUUUACAUUCACAGCAAGCUGCUGAUCGCAGACGAUCGGGUGGCUAUCAUUGGGUCAGCCAACUUGAAUGAUCGCAGUUUGUGCGGUGAUCGCGACUCGGAAAUUGCUGUCGUCCUGGAAGAUAGCACGAUGGAAAUGGCGCAUUUUGGGAGGAAGCCGACGACUGUCGGUCGCUUUGGCCAUCGGCUCCGACGUCGCUUGCUUGAGGAGCACUUGGGGAUGGACUUGGAAGACCCGACGAGCGAAGUUGGAUGGCAUACGAUUCGUAGCCUUGCCAACAACAACACGGACAUUUACGAGCGCGUGUUUCAGUGCUUUCCGACGGACAAAUUUACGUCGUAUUUUCACGCGGUGCCCGAGGCGCAUCUCCACGAAGACAUCCGCGUCGUGUACGAGAAUCAACGGUAUGCGUGGGGGUCAGGCUGGUCGGCGGACCAUUUGAUCUUUGGCGAACGGACUGCGUGGAGCGAUGCGUUUGGAAUGCCGUUCGACUCGUUCACACCGAGCGCGUCGUGGCAGGUGGACGUGUCGGAGGGAUGCUGCGACAGCGACGGAUGGCAGUACGCGUUCUCGUUCAGCGCAUUCAAGCACGACAAGGGCGACAAACGAUCGGUGCCCCUGUGGUAUCGCUGGGUUCGCCGUCGGAAAUGGGUUCUUGUCGUGCAUAAGGGCAAAGAUGUGGGGGCGACGGAAGUCCAGGACGAGUCGUCGGUGGAUUUGCGCAAAUUUUUGCGCCGCGUGAGCUCCCGCAUGCUGUCGUCGCGAACUGUGGGCGUCGACAUGGCCCUUCAUCCAGAGUGGAUGCCGCCAGAAGUCGAAGAGCUCAGCCACGUCAAAGGCCAGCUCGUCGACUUUCCACUCGACUUUCUCCGCGACUGCGACUUGCAACCGCUCAUUCUACCCAAGAACAUUUUCAUUUAGCCCUGCUCGCAUUCAAUCCAAUUUUGAUUCUGGCUUGUCGUUCUUAG